GCAAGCGCUUAUAUCGAUGAUGCUGUCCUGAACCAGCAAACCGACGYCGUGACACCGAUCGAUUGUCUCAAGUGCUUUUUCUUCGUACACCGUUUUCCUACGUCUGGRAACUGGAACAAACUCAUUACGCCGCCCAUUGCUAUUAAUUAUUUUUGGCCCACUUUUCCACCUAGUCCUAGGAUUCAGCUCUAUAGUUGGACACCUCGUCCUUGCGGUUCAGUCGCUUUCCCAGUUAGUUUGGUCUGUCCAUUUYACAGACCGAUGUAAUCAACAACGCAAAUCGUAUACUACCACACAUCACAUGGUCGCUCUUGCACUAUUUGUUUUGAAGAAUUAUCUGAUCUUCAAUUUGUGAGAACAUUUACUCAAUAAACCGAUGGUUAUAGAAAUAUUAAUGCCAUACAGGGUUGAACCUAAUAGAAAUUCUYCAAUCGAGAAUAUACAAGCCAAGAAAAUUCAUUGAACCAGUUAGACUGAAGUCAAAGCAUUUAUUAAAUUUUUUCCAAUAAAGGAUAUUUAUACAUUUUUUGCAUUGACCAAACAUUCUUAAGCACCUGUAAAUAAAUAUUAAAAUAAUAUCUUAAAAUGAAUCAACUCACAGAAGGAGGUAAUCGAUCGUCAUACCCAAGAAAUUUACCCCUACAGAGCGCAGUUUCUGAUUUCGCUAUUUACGACUCAAUAUUUGAAGGUGCUUCACAUAUACAAUUUAGACCUCUGCCAUUUCAUCGUGUCAGAACUGUACUUGUCCCAACRAUGCGUGUUGAAUUCAAACCUUUUUUAAGAGCUGCUGGAGUUGAUAACGUAAACUGUCGUUUUGGCGCUGACUUUUAUUUGUCGUUAUCAGAUGUUGUACAAAUAAGCACACAAUACAAAGAUGGAAAGCCGACCUGCAAAUUGCAGAUUCGUAUUGGCGAAAUGAUACCAGAAUUAGGUGAUAUUUCUGAAAUAUUACCACAACCAAUAAAAGCGUGGAUCAAUACUAAACAAGUACCUAUUGACGUUAUAACAAGCCCYUUAGUGCUUGAUGCUGUUGAUUAUUUGCAUUUAAAUACUGUUAAUGUCAAUACUCUCAGAUUUCUUUGGCCACCAUGUUAUAGUACAUUUUUUUURACAGUAUAUUUGGUGGAUAUGAUUGCCGUUGAAGAAGUAGUGAGAGAAAUACAAACAAACGAGGAUCGAUUUAUUCUUGCAUUUAAUACAAAAAAAACAGCCACGGAAUUGUUGGAACGUUCUGGUAGCGAUUUAGAUGUGACUAGCUAUAAGUUAAGUCUUUUGUGUCCAAUAAUUAAAAUAAGAAUGACACUGCCUGCCAAAUCAAUAUACUGUAAACAUUUACAGUGUUUUGACCUGCAAGCUUUUAUUUCUUCGAAUAAGAUGAAACCCUCAUGGUAUUGCCCUUUAUGCUUUGCAACUUGUAAAUUGGAUCAUUUGAAAAUAGACUCGUUCUUAUUGUUUGUUGUCAAUAGUAUAAAAGUGCCUAAAACGUGCAAGGAAAUAGAACUAUAUGCGAAUGGCAAAUGGAAACCAUGUAUAGUKAACAGAGGUAUUUCUGGUAUAUUUUGCGGUCCUUCAGAAAAAAAUAUUCUUGAAAUUGAUUUGGAUAACUCGGAUGAUGAAGACCCGGGCAAUAUUGUAAGAACAUUAUUACCGAGGACAAAUUCAGGGAAUUCCAAUGAUUCAAAAUUAAACGUUUGCAUUGAUACACCUAUAAAGACGGGGGAAACCAACUCUGAAGAAGAUCAGCCAUAGUUCAAAAUUACGAAAAAAGAAGAAACUAAUGAUUAAAAUCGAUAAUACUAUGUCAUUUCAAAU